CAGUUCAGUUUCCUCUACAAACUCAUCUAUUUCUUUAAAUAAGGCAUUGUCACUUGGAGAGGCAUUUUACUUAACUGAGAUUUGGAGUAUGGUUUUGAGGAAUAUUAUUUUUAAACAUUUUUCUAUGGAAGAACAAGGAAAUCAGUUUACAGCGGGGAGUAAAUUCAGCCAGAGGGACACCUUUAGAGAAUCUUGAUCUCUAAUGUUUCUGCCCUAAAUUGUCCCAUUAAAGAUUUUGAUUCCUUGUACUGUGUCCACAUCAUCUCCAUUUAAACCACUCUUCAGUCUUCAUAUUCCACAACAAUCUCAUAAGGCAGGAACAUGGUUGGAUUUGGACCUGCAGAUGUCCCCCCAACAGCGGCUGUCAAGUUCGUAGGUGCUGGAACUGCAGCCUGCAUUGCUGACCUGCUCACCUUCCCCUUGGACACAGCCAAAGUACGGCUGCAGAUCCAGGGGGAGGCGGGAUGCGCUGCAGCUGCAGUAAACGGCCCUGCAGUGAAAUAUAAGGGAGUGUUUGGCACCAUCACCACCAUGGUGCGUACAGAGGGACCCAGGAGCCUCUAUAAUGGACUAGUAGCAGGACUCCAGAGACAGAUGACAUUUGCCUCAGUCCGCAUUGGUCUCUAUGACUCUGUAAAACAGCUCUACACUAGAGGCUCUGAUCAUGUAGGCAUUGGCAGUCGGUUGCUGGCGGGUUGCACCACUGGAGCCAUGGCGGUUGCAUUUGCUCAACCGACAGACGUGGUGAAAGUCCGCUUCCAGGCCCAGGCCAGGUCUCCAGGACUUGCUAGACGCUACUGCAGCACCAUUGAUGCUUACAAGACCAUUGCCAAAGAAGAAGGCAUCCAUGGCCUGUGGAAAGGUACUGCUCCGAAUAUUGCACGUAGUGCUAUUGUUAACUGUACUGAACUGGUGACGUAUGACUUCAUUAAGGAUGCUCUUCUACUGUCCACUCCCAUGACAGAUAAUCUGCCCUGCCACUUUAUAUCAGCGUUUGGUGCAGGCUUAUGCACAACAGUGAUUGCCUCUCCAGUUGAUGUGGUCAAGACAAGAUAUAUGAACUCUGCCCUUGGCCAGUACAGCAGUGUCCUCAACUGUGCUGUUGCCAUGGUGACCAAAGAGGGACCCCUUGCCUUUUAUAAGGGGUUCAUGCCAUCUUUCUUACGCCUGGGCUCCUGGAACGUAGUGAUGUUUGUCACAUAUGAGCAGCUGAAAAGGGCCAUGAUGGCAGUACAACACAACUGAUCAACUGCACUGUGAUUAUUAUUCUCUGGCAAAAGGAUGAUGCUGUAUUACAGUUGUGCUGCUUACCCAUUUUUUACUGUUUGGUAUCUUCUUGCUUAUAUUUAAUCUUCAGUCACUUGAAUCCAAGCACAACAAAGGUUUUACA